AGAAAUAUCUAAUGUUAUUGAAAUGCUUGGACCACAACAUGUUGUGCAAUUUGUUUCAGAUAAUGGUGCUAACUAUAAUUGUUGUGGUGAUAUGUUGAUUGGAAAAUGGUCUCACAUGUAUCGAACAAAUUGUGCUGCACAUGGGAUUAAUUUGCUUUUAAAGGAUAUCCAUAAGCAUGUUAGAUGGGUGAGGGAAAUUAUUGAUGAUGGUAAACAUGUAGUGGAUUAUAUGCACAGGCACACAGCUAUUAUAGCCUUAAUGAGGGAAUUCACAAAUGCCAAAGAGAUUAAGCAGCCUUGCAAGACAAGGUUUGCUACUAAUUUUUUAAUGCUCCAAUCUCUUAUUGUAGUUGAGAAUGAGUUAAGGCUAUUGGUUGCAUCAUCUGAAUGGAGAGGCUUCCAUUGCAAUAGAGUUGAAAUAGCAUUAAAGACUGUCAGGAUAAUUCAAUCUGAUAUAUUCUGGGAACAGGCAAAGGAGGUUAUUGCUUUUAUGGAUCCUCUCAUCAGGAUUCUUCGCCUUGUUGAUUCAGAUGGUUCCACUGCAUGUUACUUGUAUGAAGCAACUGUUAGGGCAAAAGAAAAAUUGAGGAAGUUAAAGGAGAGUGAUGGAGUAAAGUACUUUACCAUAUUGGAUUUGUUUGAUACAAGGGUGGAAAAGAAUAUAAUUCAUCCUGUUCAUGUGCUUGCUGCAGCUUUAAAUCCUAAUAAUUUGUUUGAUGGUGGACUUUUUAUUGAGACAAAUACAGUUGUGAAAGCUCAAGAAUGUAUUGUGGCAACCAUGGUUCCUCAAGAAGAUUAUGAGCAAUUCACUGCAGAAAUGGUUGAAUAUCGAAUGAGGAACCCAAAUUUGUUCAAUAUCACAGGAAAGUCUUUAAUGAAAACUAACCAUCCAAGGAUUUGGUGGGAAUAUAUGGGUGGUUGUCUUCCUGUGGUUCAGAAGGUUGCUUGCAGAAUCUUAAGCCAACCUUGUAGUUCCUCUCCUUGCGAGAGGAAUUGGAGUGCUUGGGACGCUGCACAAACAAAGAAGAGGAACAGGUUAACUCCAGAAAUGUUAGAAGAUUUGGUAUACAUUAGAAUGAAUUCUUUGAUGAAGGAGAAGUAUGAAAGCCGAGCAAUUCAGGAUACAAAACCUAUUGACCUAGAGAAACUUGGUGAUUUGCCUGAUGUAAACAUUGAGUUGGAGACAGAGAGACUUGAAGAGACAUAUGUUGAACCUAUUCAUGAUCAACCUAAUUCUAUAUUAUGAUACACUUGUGCUUUUUUUUUUAAUGAAAUGGGAUGAUGUAAUUUGGAUGAUACAUUUUGGAUUAUGUAGUUUGGAUGAUGAUUUUGGAUAUUUAAAUGAUGUAUUUUGGAUAUUUGAAUGGUGUAUUUUGGAUCUUAUAUUAAUCUUUGGAUGGAUAUAUUUUUGAUGUUA